UUCAUUUCAUUUUCGUAACGUAAAGACAUAACAACAAUGAAGACUUAUUUAUUUGCAUUUCUAACAUUUGUGUUAUCGGGAGCUAAUGGUGCUUCAGCACCAUUUAUAAAGCCAUGCAAGCUUAAUGAUGUUGAAUGCAUAAAAUCCAGUGCUACGGCGGCGAUACCUUUUAUUGUGCCGGGCAUACCUGCCCUUGGCAUCCCUCCCAGUGAACCCUUGCACAUACAGGAAGCCAAAUCUGACCAGGAUGAAAUGAAACUGACUUUCAAGGACUUGAACAUAUAUGGUUUAAGCAAGAGCCAGUUUAAAAAUGUAGAAGUUGAUGAAGCGAAAUCAAUUUUACACGUAGACUUAGAAACUCCUCUAUCCGCUAAGGGUACUUAUAAAUUGACGGGGAAAAUUCUUUUCAUCCCCGCCGAAGGUGAAGGAAACAUUGAAAUCAAAACAGAUAAAGUUCGGGUAAUCAUUGAUGCUAAAUAUACAACAAUCACGGACGAAAAGGGUGAUAAGCAUUGGAAGAUCACGGGCUACGACUAUACAUAUGAUCUUAUCAACAAAGUCUAUUUUGUGCCUGAAAAUCUAUUUGGUGGAGAUGCUACUAGAGCCAAGCCAGUUUUGGAACUGUUUGAUCACAGCUGGAAGGAGUUGAUAACAGAAAUAGGAGCACCUAUAAUAAAAGACGUAGUCAAAAGCGCAGUUGAACGUGUGAAGAAGUUCUUCCUUGCUGUACCUCUUUCUGAACUUGUGCAAUCAUAAUUUUAUAUAAAACUAGCAUUAAAACACCCGCAAAUAGUCUGAAAAAAUUGAAUAAAAAUUACCUU